AUGACAGACAAAACCAUGUGUAGACUAAGUGUUACAGGUAUCAGACCUGAACUAGGGACGUUAUCUCAAACUAAGAGAUAUAGGAAAUCUACGCGUACUUUCUUAUGUGCCGGCAUCUUCUGUGUGACAGCGUUCUCUUGCAGUGUAAGUCUAGUCAGCUGUUCAGUCAGUGCCGACGCUAGAUAUUCGAAAUGCAAAGAUGUCGCCUUAGAGACUGCCGCGAAAAUGGCGAAUGUCGUUGUUUCAGGAAGAGUCCAGAAACUGAUUAAUGACCAGAUACACUCCACAGAUGACAAGAGAGUGUUUAAAGGUGAAGUGGAAAUUAAACGAAUCUUCAAAGGCGACAACGUGGUCAACACGAUAGCAAGAUUAACGCCCGGUUUAUUGCGACAAUAUAAAACUAUUACAGUGGAAGGAUUUGGAGAGCCUAGUAUAUGUGACAGCAGAGUUCGUGAGAGGGAGACCAAAAUCUUCUGUCUUAGCGUCAACGCUGAUGGAGAGUUGCAGCUGAAUUCUUCUGUCGUGGCACUAUCACUGCACAAUCUGGAUUAUGUGGAUGCAGUUAUUCAUG